CUCAAGAGACAUCGUAACAUAAUCUGGUGUUCGGUCAAGAAGAUUUCGGACGUUUUUAUUGGGGAUGGAUUUCCCUCAAGAGGGAGAGGAUGCUGGUGGUGGAAAUCAGACAGGCAGAGCAGCAUGUGCCGUGUCCAGCCACGUGUCCCUGAAGAAUGAGGAGCCCGUUACUGAUGGACAUCAGGGGGUCAGCACAGGUAGAGUGCUGUCUUAUCCAAGGUGAGUUGUUUCCACUGAUGGGCAUCAGGGGGUCAGCACAGGAAGAGUGCUGUCUUAUCCAAGGUGAGUUGUUUCCACUGAUGGGCAUCGCAGGGUCAGCAAAAGAAGAGUGCUGUCUCAUCCAAGGUGAGUUCCAAGGUGUUUCCAAGACCCAAGACAUCAAGGGCCCUAUCUUACAGUUGGGUCACUGGGGUGUGAGGCGCAAGUUGUGGUCAACACAGUUAUCAUCCCACCAUCAAGUCAUGUUGAGCUGGCAGCUUGCUGUGGUAUGAAUUAAAUUAAUUUGCUUUCUGUUUUUUCAUUAUUUAAAAAAAUAUCAAUCAAAUGCCAGUGUCUAUACGUGGAAUAGUGGCAGAUCUGGGUAGUCUCUAGACAUACACUAUAUUUAGCAUUUGUGAAUGACACUUACAAUGACCAUGAUGAAUACUAAACUAAAGGCAGUGAGAAAUCCUGAUGAUAGAGCAGGCCUCAUAGGGUUAAUGAACCCUGCACACCCCCAGGGCAUGAACCCUGCACACCCCCAGGGCAUGAACCCUGCACACCCCCAGGCCAUGAACCCUGCACACCCCCAGGGCAUGAACCCUGCACACCCCCAGGGCAUGGUGAUGGGAAACGAGGUGUGUUGAGGCGCAUGAUCACAUAUUUCUAUUUUGAAGCCACUGAAAAUGUCACUGACCAAGAAAAACCUCAAUUGGAAGAUGCAGUAUUACACUAUUCUCCCAUUUUAUACGGUAUGUACUGUAUAUUGCACAUUUAAAGAGUGCACUGUCAAGAAGUCCAGUGAUCUGCCUAGUCUUGAGACCCUAUGAGUCUCCAGCAACACAAGGCAAAGGUGUGCUUGGAUGAAUGUCCUUAAAGGGGAUUUUCGGGGCUCAUGCUCAUCGCCAAAUAUAUGGUCAAAAUUAUUCCAAGACAACUGGUGUGAGACUGCAGCUUUAAUCACGAUACCGGGAGCAUGUUACUCACAUGAAAGUCAAAGUAACAAGCCAACACAUCUGUGGGUGAAGCCCGUUCUUAUACCCUUAACACACACACACAUGGAAAAUCAUUAGAUACGCUUUGGUGAGUCUUUAACCACCUGGUAAUUAACAAAGAUAAGAAUGUUUACAAGAACUCCUCAACCUAAACCAUGUUUGUGUUUGUGUGCCAUGGGGUCACCAUGGGGUCACCAUCCUCACAUUGCCACAGCAGGGGUUUUGGCUAUCUCCACAUUCCUAAGGCCAGGAUGGCAACUAGAGUUCAUUCUAUAAGUAAGCUAUAGUCAAUGGUUAAUACAAGAGUUCAUUAUAAGCUAUAGUAAAUGGUUAAUACAAUGAGAUACACAACAUUUAUCCCAUAACAUUUGUAGCACUGUAGCUGCCUGGCUGCUUUAGCUGUUGGCUGCAGCAACUUGAGCGGUAGAACUAAUUGUUUUCAUUUGCCGACAUGCAAACCUUACUGACUAUUGUGAAGCUGUGUUGGAUCAAUCUAUGAUUUAUGUUGUAUCCUUGUGUAUCCAGACCACAGACACACAGACCAGUGUCUCCAGUGCCCAGCUGUGUGUCCAUGAAGAGUGACCGGUCCAUGGGACAUCCAAACAAUUUCAGCAGUGGACCGCCACAGUCCGAUCCAAAACCACAGACACACAGACCAGUGUCUCCAGUGCCCAGCUGUGUGUCCAUGAAGAGUGACCGGUCCAUGGGACAUCCAAACAAUUUCAGCAGUGGACCACCACAGCAUUAUCCAAAACCACAAACACACGGACGAGAUGAGCACACAGUCAUGGGAGGCAGCACCCAUCUGCCAACUGAGCAUGCUCCAGUCAAAAGGGCCAAACUAACAGAUGACAAGGUCCUGACCAGAGUACUGAUGACCCAUAAAGCCAGCAUGAAGAGGAGGUUUGAGAACAUAUGUGAAGGCAUCAUAAGGUCAGGGACUCAAACACUCCUGAACAAGAUCUACACAGAGCUCUACAUCACAGAGGGAGAGAGUGAAGGGGUGAAUAAUGAGCAUGAGGUUUGGCAGGUAGAGUCAGCAUCCAGGCCACAAACUACAGAAGACACAGCAAUUAACUGUAAUGAUGUCUUCAAGUCCUUACCUGGACAAGAGAAACAAAUCAGAACUGUGAUGACUAAGGGGAUUGCUGGCAUUGGAAAAACCGUCUCAGUGCAGAAGUUCAUCCUUGACUGGGCAGAGGAGAGAGCUAACCAGGAUGUAGAUUUCAUGUUUGUGCUUCCAUUUCGUGAGCUGAACUUGGUCAAACAUGAUCAGUACAGUCUUCACAGGCUCCUGCUUGACUUCCAUCCAGAGCUUAAAGAGCUACAGAAUGGUGAAUACAAAGACUGCCACAUUGUGUUCAUCUUUGAUGGUCUGGAUGAGAGUCGACUUCCACUAAAUUUCCAAAAGAAUGAAAAGUUGUCUGGUGUGACAAAAAAGAUCAUAUCAAAAACAUCAUCAGUAGAUGUCCUGAUGACGAGCCUCAUUCAGGGAACUCUGCUUCCCUCUGCUCUCAUCUGGAUAACCUCCCGACCAGCAGCAGCUGGUCAGAUCCCCUCUCAAUAUAUCAGUCAGGUGACAGAAGUACGAGGCUUCAAUGACCCACAAAAGGAGGAGUACUUCAGGAAGAGGAUCAGCAACCAGAAUCAAGCCAACAGAAUCAUCUCACACAUUACAGCAACCAGGAGUCUCCACAUCAUGUGCCACAUGCCAGUCUUCUGUUGGAUCUCAGCCACUGUCCUUCAGCAGAUACUGGAACAGGAUGAUGGGAAGGAAGCCCCCAAAACACUGACUGAAAUGUUCAUACACUUCCUGCUCAUCCAGACCACCAGGAAGAAUCAGAAGUAUCAAGAGGAAAAUGAGACUGAUAGACAGAGGCUCCUGGAAUCACACAAGGGUGUCAUAUUGAAACUGGCAGAGCUGGCUUUCAAACAUCUGGAGAAUGGCAAUCUCAUGUUCUAUGAGGAAGACCUGAGAGAGUGUGGCAUUGAUGUCAGUGAAGCUUCAGUCUACUCUGGCAUGUGCACUGAGAUCUUCAGGGAGGAAUGUGUCUUUCAACACAAGAGGGUCUACUGCUUUGUCCAUCUGAGCAUCCAAGAGUUUCUUGCUGCACUUCAUUUGUUUGCCUCCUUCUUGAUUAAGAACAUGGAGGUUCUGGAACCAUUCCUGAGCAGAAAAUCCAGGUCUUUGCCUCUAGAUAAGCUGUUGAAGAAUACAGUAAACAAAGCUUUGGAAAGUAAGAAUGGACACCUUGAUUUGUUUGUUCGCUUCCUUCAUGGCAUUUCUCUGGUAUCAAAUCAGAGACUUUUGCUUGGCCUCCUGACACACACACACAGCAGCCCAAAGAGUGUGAAUAAAACACUUAGGAACCUGAAGGCAAUGUACAGACCAAAUAUCUCCCCCGAGAGGUGCAUCAAUCUGUUCCACUGCCUGGUGGAAAUGCAUGACUCUUCUGUUCAUAAUGAAAUCCAGGCUUUCCUGAAGGCAGAGAAAGGUGCUGUGAAACAGCUCACACUGGCUCACUGCUCAGCCUUGGCUCAUGUGCUUCUGAUGUCUGAUGAGGUGCUGGAUGAGUUUAACCUGAAGAAGUACAAAACCUCAGAUGAGGGACGGAGGAGACUGGUGCCAGCUGUGAGAUGCUGCAGGAAGGCUCUACUUGCUGACUGUAAACUAACAGAGAAGUCCUGUGAGAUUGUGGCCUCAGCUCUGCAAUCUGCAAACUGCCCCUUAAGAGAGCUGGACCUGAGUCAGAAUGACCUGCAGAAGUCAGGAGAAAAGCUGUUCUCUGCUCUUCUGAAUCCGAACUGCAAACUGGAGACACUGAGGCUCAAUCUGUGCCACCUCUCUAAAGCAAGCUGUGAAAUGAUGGCAUCCGUGCUGCAAAGUGCACCUUCCCAUCUGAGAGAACUGGACAUGAGUGACAAUGACCUGCAGGAUGAAGGAGUGGAGCUGCUCUGUGCAGGACUGAGAGAUCCACAAUGCAAGCUGGAGACACUGAGACUGUCUCUUUGUCUCAUCACACAUAAGGGCUGUUCUCUCUUGUCCUCUGCCCUCAAAUCAAACCCCUCCUACCUGAAACAGCUGGAUCUGAGCUACAACCACCCAGGAGACCCAGGUGUCAGAGAGCUCACAGACAGACUGAAUGAUCCCAGCUGUAAACUAGAGACGUUGAGGUAUGACCAUGGAGGAGAGUGCAGGAUUAAACCAGGACUGAGAAAAUAUGCCUGUGAGCUCACACUGGACCCAAACACAGCAUGCACACGUCUCUCUCUCUCUGAGGGGAACAGAAAGGUGACACAUGGGCAGCAGCAGGAGUAUCCUGACCACCCAGAGAGAUUUGACUCCUGGCCUCAGGUGCUGUGUAGAGAGGGUCUGCCUGGACACCACCCAGAGAGAUGUGACAGUCUGGGUCAGAGUCUAGUCAGCACGGGUCAGUCUGGACGCUACUACUGGGAGGCUGAGUGGAGUGGUGAUGUUUAUAUAGCAGUGGCCUAUAAGAGCAUGGAGAGGAAAGGGGGUGGGGGCAGCAGCUUCUUUGGAGGUAAUGCCAAGUCCUGGAGACUGAGGUGCUCUAGUAACAGUUACUCUGCCUGGCACAAUGAUAAGAAGACUGUCAUACCUGCCCCCUCCUCCAGCUCCAACAGAGUAGGAUUGUACCUGGACUGGCCAGCAGGCACUCUGUCCUUCUACAGCAUCUCCUCUAACACACUCACCCACCUGUACACGUUCCACUCCACAUUCACUGAGCCCCUCUAUCCUGGGUUUAGUGUUUAUAUUGGCUCCUCAGUGUCCCUGUGCCAGAUCACAUGACCUCCUAAUCCUGCAGGAGAGGACAGCCACACAUUUCUGAUUACACACAUCUGUGUGUGUGUGUGUGUGUGUGUGUGUGUGUGUGUGUGUGUGUGUGUGUGUGUGUGUGUGUGUGUGUGUGUGUGUGUUUGUGUGUGUGUGUGUGUGUGUGUGUGUGUGUGUGUGUGUGUGUGUGUGUGUGUGUGUGCUGGCCACUGCUCCAUGUGUGUGUGUGUGCUGCCCACUGCUCCUUGUGUGUGUGUGUGUGUGACGUGUACUGUAUGUGCUACCCACUGCUCUCUCUCUCUCUGUGUGUGUGUGUGUGUGUGUGUGUGUGUGUGUGUGUGUGUGUGUGUGUGUGUGUGUGCUGCCCACUGCUCCAUGUGUGUGUGUGUGCUGCCCACUGCUCUGUGUGUGUGUGUGUGUGUGUGUGUGCUGCCCACUGCUCUGUGUGUGUGUGUGUGUGUGUGUGUGUGUGUGUGUGUGUGUGUGUGUGUGUGUGUGUGUGUGUGUGUGUGUGUGUGUGUGUGUGUGCUGCCCACUGCUCCAUGUGUGUGUGUGUGUGUGUGUGCUGCCCACUGCUCCAUGUGUGUGUGUGUGUGUGCUGCCCACUGCUCCAUGUGUGUGUGUGUGUGUGUGCUGCCCACUGCUCCAUGUGUGCGUGUAUAAUCCUAGUGUGUAUGUGUGCUCCUGGUGAGGUCACUGCUUCCUUCCUUCUGUGUUUUACAUUUUAUUUGAAUUAUAAAUGAAAUAUGUAAUUGGUAAUUCUUUAAAAAUUGCAUCUCAUUUGAAAAUGAGAUGCAAAUAAAUAAAGAAA